AUGGUUUCUAGAGUGGUCAUUUUGUGCGCUUUUGCCUCCUUGGUCCAGAGUAUCACUGGACAAAGCUGUGGUAGCAAUUGUAGGUCGAUAAGCAUACCCAGCAGCGGCGGCGCCCUGAACAUACAGGCUAUCGGUCCCAUCGUGCCGUCCGGCAUCGCCGUCGCCACGGAGCUGGGCCUGUCCGGCAACCUGGACCUGUCCGGCGCGCUGCCGUACCUGAGCGCGGUGGCGUUCGAGGGCCAGUUCGACACCAGCGGUACGGCGCCAGUGUCGUACGGGUGCGGGGACUGCGUCGCCAUCACGCAGCAGAUAGAUGGCUUCAGUAACUGUGGAUCCGAACUUCUUCAUGUUAGAAAUAAAAAAACUUCAAGCUAG